AGAGAGGGCCACAGGGGAAGGGGGUGCACUGGCCCAUGGGGCUCCUGAGCCCUUUGGUCCAAGCCCCCCGCCUCCCCCUCACCAACUCCUGGGCGCCCUCAGACCCAACCUGGGCUCAGCAUCUGCUCCUGCUUGGGGGUGGGGUUUGCCUGUUGUGACAUCGGAGCAGAGGAAGGCCCAUUUCCUUCCUGUGCCCAGGGUGCAGAGUCAGCGGCCGUGGGCUAGGCAGGGGCCAUGCUCCGUCUUGGGCAUCAGGAACUGGUGGGGCAGGGUACUACACCCUGCAAGCCCGGGUGCCCGGCCCCCUUCCCUGGGGGCAGCGGAAGGGAGCUCCAUGCCACGCCUGCAGGCUGGCAGCAGUGCCCACGCUCGGGCCCUCUCCACCUCUGUGCAGGCCCUUCACACCUGGGCUAGUGCUGGGGUAACCCCGCAGCGGUGCCGAAAGGCCCAGCCUCCCCCUUGUUGUCCUGCAGGGUCUGUGAUGUUACCCAGCGGGGCCUCCCUCCAGAGGGAGGGAGCCCCCCAGUACUCCCACUCCAACAGGGACUCUCCCCAGCUAGCCCUCCUUGAUGGGGCUGCUCCAAUCUCCAUUGUCCUGGCCCUGUGGCCAGGCUGUGAUGCCCCGGGACGGCAUGGCCUUGCCCUGCCCGGGGGCCAUGAAGCAUCCCCCUGGGCCCUGCAGAUGCCCCUCACUUGGCAGCACCCCGCGCAGAGGGAUGCCAGACUGAAAAACGAAAGCAAAGGGAGAGUGGCAGAGAAGGGAGGAGCCCAGAGCCAGCACACAGCGCGGGAUGGCCCGGUGAGGGCAGGGCUCCCCUCCUGCUCCCCAAACCCGCUCCUGGCUCUCUAGCUACACCACAGCGCGUCCCUCCCCCACACUGUGACAGCCUCGGGCCAGCAAGAGAGGAACUGCCUGUUUCUCUUCUGUCCAGCUGCUGCGUUGCACAGGCAGAGGAGCAGACGCAGCGGAGGGCGGGAGGCAGGCGACAGCUCAGGAAGAUGCUGGCACUCCUGGCAGCCCUGCUCCUCCUGCGCAGUGUGCCGUCCGGCUGGGCGCAUUGCUUGGGGUCUCCAAAUUCAAGCUCCUGCGAGGUCCUGGACUGGCUGGAAUUCAGUAGCAACACUUUGACAGGUCUGAACUUCAGCAACCAUGGCAUCAGGGAAAUCAAUGGCUCCGCCCGGCUGGGGGGGUCGGUCAAGAUGCUGGAUCUGUCCUUUAACCGCCUGCAGACCCUUCCCCCGGAUUUCCUCUCCCAGGCGCGCACUCUCAAGAAGCUUUACCUGCAGCACAACCAGCUGCGGGGGCUGCCCACUGAGUUCUUCAAGAACGCCUCCAGCCUGCUGCACCUGGUCCUCGACUGCGAGUGCGACGUGGUGGCGAGCGUCCUCAGCCACUGCAUGGGCAGCAGCCCCACCAACAGCACGGAGCCCGCCUGCCAUUGCCACUCAGCGCAGGAGGGACCCGUCAACGUCACCGCCUUCUACAGGCAGGAAUGCCAGCCCCUGUGCGCGCUGCUCUGCGUGGCCCUCACCAGCUCAGUGCUGGCCGGGCUGCUGCUGGCGGGGGGCCUGGCUGUGGCCUUGCUCCUGCUCAGGAGGAAGAGACAGGCCUCCGCCAUCCACAGCAAGCGGGAAUCCACCGCAUCCGUGGCCCGCGGCCAGCCACGCUACAUCAGCCGCAACGCAGAGCCGGGCCCCGGCCAGGCCAGCAACUAUGAGAACGUCUUCAUUGGCUACUCCCAGCCAGGAGGGCAAUACGAGUGUCUGGAGAGAAAGGGACCGCAGUACAGAGUCCAGCAGCUGGUGGACGAGGAGUGUUACAUGGAGAGCGACACCUGCCACGGAGACCAGCCCAUUUACGCCAACACCCAGCAGCUGUACAGCAGCAGCGUCCCCGCACCCAAUGACGGCGAGGAGGUGUACAUCAUGCCGGACAAAUGAGCCCUCCACCCGCCCGCCUGGAGGCACCCCAGCCCCUGCUGUCUCUGGGGAGCGGGCUCGGGCAGUGGGGGGGCUUGGGUGCCACAGUCCCACGUUCAGCAGCUGUGACCAUGUGUCACUCCCCAGGGAGGGGACUGCUGGGGUUCCCAAUUAAAGCAAAAUCCCCUGGCAAUUGCUUCCCACCCUGGGUAUUACCCUGCAGCCAUGACCCAAUUCAGCCCCCUGGGAAUGCAGACAGCUCAGGUUUCCCCUGGGGGUGGGAGAGGGCUGGAAUUUCCCCUCCCUCUACAGAGGGAGAGCUCCUCAUGGGGUAGGGGAGGGGGAUCCUACCCCUGCAUCAGUCUGCAAAUUCCUCCAGAAAUAGUUCCCAUUUCUCCUGCCAAAGUGCCUGGUUCUGCGCCAGGCUGGCUGAGCCCCUGCUGGGACCCAAACACCAGCAAUUCGGCCUCCAUGGGGUUUCCUGUGCACCUGGGAACUGCCAGGGGGAGACACUUAUGGAGGGGAGACAGCACACGGCCACCCCACAGAGCAUCCAGCCACUUGUGCAGUGCUUGGGGGCUCAGUGGACCCCUCAAGGGAGGGCAAAAGGGACAUGGGCAGGACAGAGCCGAUUCCCAGAGGAAGUGGGGCCUCACUGGAAAGGAGGGACCCGGAGCGCUGGGGCUCCAGGAAUCGAGGGAGAUGGGCCCAGAGCAGGGCUCAAGGCAGCCAGGCCCUGGUGUGUCGUGGGGAUUCCUGGGGUGGGGGACCCGCCCGCUUUUGCUGUCUGUACCAAGCUCAAUAAAGAGACUGUAGCCACGA